UGUUCUCUUUCUCUCCCCUCUCUCUUUAGCCUCUUUUGCAUGCCUUUCAUCUGCUUUUAACCAUUGCAGAUAGUGAGGCAUUUAUUUUCUUACUCACUAUCACACCUCCGCAUUAUCACCCUUAUCUGUUUAUAUUAUUUAUAUAGGACAUUACUGAUACAAUUGUUUAGCUAGUUUUUAAAUUUACGAUUCGCUACACCAUGUCGUUCAGUGGGACUCAGGACAAAUGCACGGCGUGCGACAAGACGGUGCAUUUCAUCGACCUUUUGUCGGCCGAUGGGAUCGCUUAUCACAAGAGUUGCUUUAAGUGUAGCCACUGCAAAGGAACUCUCUCGAUGUGCAAUUACUCUUCCAUGGAUGGUGUCCUCUACUGCAAGCCUCACUUUGAGCAGCUCUUCAAGGAGACUGGCAAGUUUCCAACAGGUGCAAAGUGUGCGGAGCGACAAAAUGAUUCGUCCAAGACUCCAAACAAGGUUUCUUCUAUGUUUUCUGGGACUCAGGACAAGUGUGCUACCUGCAACAAAACUGUAUACCCCUUGGAAAAGCUGACUAUGGAGGGUGAGUCGUACCACAAGACUUGUUUCAAGUGCGCGCACGGCGGUUGCAUCCUAACGCCCUCGUCCUAUGCUGCACUCGACGGCAUCCUCUACUGCAAGCACCAUUUCGCGCAGCUGUUCAAGGAGAAGGGGAGCUACAAUCAUGUGAUCGAAGCCGCCACGAUGAAGAAGCACGUUUCUGAUCAAACAGUGGUACCAGAGCCAGCACCCAUAGCCACACAGGAGUAGGAAGCAUUAAUAAUAAGGGCAUGAUCUUUUACAUGUGUUCAGUAUUUUUCUCCUUUUGUUUCUUUUUGUAUUUUUUUGCCCUUUGCUUACUCUAGCUUGUUGGCUAUGUACUCCUGGAUCUAUAUUUUCCAGUUUACACUGGUUCUUCGUGUUAUCUAUAUAUAUGCUGAGAAAAAUUGUCAAAGUAUAAA